GAAGUUGCAGCCGAAUCCCUAGAAAACGAGAAAUUAUUUGGUGCGGAGUUCGAAUCAGUACAGUGAGGGGCGAGCAAAAACCACGCUAUGCUUAAACUGCGCAUUUCCUCCCUGAGCGGGAAAACCAAAACUUGAGUGCGGGGGACGCGAAUUCCUCCGGCGGCGCCAUGAACGGGGGCGAAUUCGACGAAAGGCUCUCCUGCUUCAUUUCCGACUUGGAAUCCCUCACCUCCGAAGUCCCUCUUCCCGAAUCCUCCCUUCUUGAUCUCGAAUUCCUCCUUCCCUCCCCCUCCUCGGCCAAGUCCAGCGCCUUCAGUGAUGAUGCCGCCUUCCCCCUCUGGUCCCAUCUCGCCGCAGCCGGUCUUUCUCCUUCCUCUCUCGUCCGUCCCCUCUCCGCUGCCAUGGACCUUCCCUCCUCUCACACCUCUCUCCUCGCUGCCCGUGUCUAUCUCUCCCUCAUCCUCACACCCUCCGCCCCCGUCCUCUCCCUCUUCUCGCCCCUCGCCUUCAUUUCCCUUCUCAGCUCCCUCCGUCAAGCUCUCAAACCCCUCCCCUCCCCACCAUCGCCUGACCGCCGGAGGAAACGCAAGCAAGGCCGCGCUCCUCGCGGCAAUCAACGAGUUGAUGAUUCCCCCGAUGUCGGAGAUCUCCUCCCCAUUGUACUUGACCUCCUCGACUCCGUCCUCUCCCGUAUCCGCUUGGACUCCUCGCUUGAUGGUGUCAAGUCCCUCGUCGACACCGUCGUCGCCAUACUCUCCUCCUCCACAACCGACCAGCAUCGCCUCUCAGGCGUCUGUUUUCGAAUUCUCUACUCGGCCGUAUCUCGCCCCGAGCACGGCGAUCAAACUGCUAUCGCCGUCGACGUUCUCAGAUCUCUUGCCCGUGUCGUCCUUUCCUCUCCCUUGAAGUCAGCUUUGCGAACGGCCACCAUUAGUUUCAUCGCCUGUAAAAUUGCACCCUUGGCUCGGGAGAAUGGGGAGGUCAGGAAGGCUUUGGUUUAUUUUCCGAGAUAUCUCGCUUCGAAUGCUCCAGAGAGGGCCGAGCCAAGAGCUGCGACGGUGGAUGCGAUCUUGGAGGUUGUUAGGGCUUUUGAGAAGGAUGAACAAAUUGGGUUUGCAGAGUACGUGGUGAAGAUGGCGCAAGGAAAGUGGCAGCUAAGACUUUUGGCGGUUGAUCUGAUUCUCGGUUUGUUAACUUCGUUGCCUGACCCACUGGGAGUAUGUGAAUCAAUGGAAAGUUCUAGCUGUUGGGGAGUGAAAUGUUUGAAGGCUUUGCUGUUGCGUUGUUCUGAUUCCAUGGGAGGAGUUCGAGCUCGAGCACUAACAAGCAUGGCUCAGGUGAUUGAAUACUUAUCUGGGGAUGCGAGGAAUUCUGCUCGUUUGCAGGACGGAGUAGCAUUUCGAAAUGCGAAGUUUAAUGAGCUCCUCAGAAAGAGAUGUUCAGAUGAGAAAGCUGCAGUAAGGAAGGCAGCGCUGUUUCUAAUCACCAAGUCAACAAUUUUGAUGGGCCGACCAAUUGACGAAUUAGUAUUAAAGACCGUAGGAUCUGCAUGCAUGGACCCUCUUGUUAGCAUCCGUAAAGCUGCUGUGUCUGCUAUAUCAGAGGUCUAUAGACAAUUUCCAGAUGAGGGGAUUAUCUCCGAAUGGCUUCAUGUUGUACCUCGUUUGACUGCAGACAAUGAGACUAGUGUACAGGAAGAAUGUGAGAAUUUGUUUCUUGAGUUGGUGUUGGAUCGAAUAUCCAGAGCUUCACAUGUCAGUAUUAGUGAUACAGCAAAAGACCUGGAAUCAAUACUUCCUGAAGGAGUGUUGGCUUUGUUGAAAGGGAUAUGUGAUGGGGAAGUUCUUCCAUGUGUGAGGAAGAUAUGCAGUAGCCUUGGGAAGAAGAAGAUGCUUAAGCCUUCAAUUGCUAUUUCACUUGCCAACAUCAUAUCAAUUUCAGAAUCCUUGUGUAUGAGAAAUUGCAUGUCUAUAGAGAGGUGGACAGCCCCUAUUGGUGCUUGGCAGCUUCUCUCAGAGGUCUCUUUGUUCACACCCAAGGCAGUUGAGUGGAAGUUCCUGCUGCAUCAUUGGAAGCUCCUUGACAAGGCAAAGGAAGACAAAGGUGGAACUCCUGAUGGAGAAGAGCCUAGUUCUAUCUCAUGGGCUAGAGAUCGAGUGUCUCUCCUACAAACUAUUUCAAAUGUCUCAGUUUUGUUGCCCCCAGUGGAUGCUUCCGAUUUGGCUGCAGACUUGCUUAGACAGAUUGAUGAAUUUAAUAUGCCCUCAAGCGAGGUUGACGCUCAUGUGAAAGCUCUCAGAACUCUAUGCAAGCAAAAGGCUGUAUCUCCAGAAGAGGGAGAUGAACUUAUUGGAAAAUGGGUGCAUCAGUUGCUGUACGGGGCUCAGAAAAUUCUUGAAAGCUGCAUGUCUACACUCUCAGAAACUGUCAAGACUGAUGGCUUUUUAACUCCGCCAAGUGGUCAGAUGAAAGGGAAAGAUGAGGUAGCUUCAUCAAAGUCCUUCUCACAAGCCAUAACUGCAGCUUUCACUAUUGGGUCUUUGGUUUUGAUUUACCCCUCGGCUGAUCUGCAUGGUAUUGUCCCUCUGUUACAUACAAUGAUAACAUCAGGGAAGCCUGGAUCAGAGAAAACAAAACUAGCAAGUCUUACUAUAUCUGUGAAAGAAAUGGAACCGUCUCUGUAUGUUCAUUCAUGGGUGACCAUGGGAAAAAUUUGCCUUGUUGAUGAUAAACUAGCAACGCGUUACAUGCCACUAUUCGUACAGGAACUUGAGAACAGUGAUUGUGCAGCUCUUCGCAACAAUAUUUUGGUUAUGAUGGUUGACUUUUGUGUUCGGUACACAGCUUUAGUUGAUUGUUACAUACCAAAGAUAACUACUACAUUGCGUGAUCCUUGUGAAGUUGUGAGAAGACAGACAUUCAUCUUGCUUUCAAGAUUACUACAGAGAGACUACGUGAAGUGGAGAGGUGUUCUAUUCCUAAGAUUCCUAUUGUCACUUGUUGAUGAUUCUGAGAAGAUAAGGAGUCUUGCAGACUAUUUGUUUGGGAACAUUCUUAAAGUUAAGGCACCACUUCUUGCAUAUAACAGUUUUAUAGAAGCUAUAUUUUUUCUUAAUGGUUGUAAUGCUUAUUCUGGACUAAGCGAGGCUUCUGAAAAAGGAUCUCAGCUUUUCACAUUAAGUGGCAAAGAUGAAAAAGCAAGAUCACAGCGGAUGCACAUAUAUGUUUCUUUGUUAAAACAAAUGGCACCAGAGCAUCUUUUAGCGACCUCAGCUAAGUUAUGUGCGGAGAUCUUGGCAGCUGCUUCAGAUGGGUUGCUUAGUAUUGAUGAUGUAACCGGACAAUCUGUUGUGCAGGACUGUUUACACAUUUUGGCUUGCAAAGAGAUGCGAAUCCAAUCAGGCAAAGCCUCUGACACUGCCGAGAUGGAUGAUGAUGGCGGAGACCCUGCCGGAAGCGCCGGAGCUACAGUUCUUGCUGCGAAAGGUAGAGUAGUCACCCACGUUGCCAAGAAGAACCUUGUCCAGCAUGCCGUUCCAAUAUUUAUUGAGCUGAAACGGCUUCUUGAAAACAAGAACAGUCCUCUAAUGGGCAGCCUUAUGGAUUGCCUCCGCGUGCUUCUCAAGGACUACAAGAAUGAAAUUGAUGAGAUUCUGGUCGCCGAUAAACAGCUCCAGAAGGAGCUCAUCUAUGACAUGGAGAAGUACGAGGCCGCCAAGGCCAAAUCCACAGUUGCAGAGGCCAUGGCCGCCAAUGCUCAGCAAUAUCAGACCUUUUCGUCACCUGCCAACAGGGUUGUAUCAGGUAGCGGCGUCUUUGCAAAGCUGUCUGAGAAGCUGGGGAGUGGCGGCAAGAUUGGUUUGGCAGUAGCUGAUGCAGCCGCGAGGGUCACAGCUAAGUCUGUGCUCAGGGAAGCUAACCAGAGCAUGAGCAUGAGGAGGACGCUGAUACCAUCAAAGAGCAUGCCUAGGGUUAGGACUAGUGGUGAUGGUCGAGUCAGCAAUGGAGCUGGUGUUCAGCAAGCUAAUGUACUCGAGUCUCUGCGGCGAAGAAAGAUGUUUGUGUCUGAUGAUGAUGAAGAUUAGUUAAUGUUUUACUUAGCUUCCUUUGGGUUAAAUGAGUUUUUAAGUAAAUUUUUGCAUUAAAAAGUUGCUUUAAAAAACACAGUAAGAAGCUGUCAAUUAAAGAAAAAAAGUUCAAAGUAUGUUAUUUAUCAUCCUUGGGUAACGAUUUAAUAGUAUAUGGAAGUGUUAAGAGUGGCCA